CUCCCUUUUAAAGAUUUCAAUUCCGUCCAUUUUUGUUCAAAGCUUCGUCUUCUCCGCAGCUUCAACAUUCCAAAAUCUUCCGACUUUCUUUCUUCUUCCAUCAAACCUUCCAAAAAAUCAGCUUCAAAUGCACUUAAGCUCCAUGAAAACCCUCUAGAAUUCAAGACUUCCAAAACCAUGGAUUUUGGAAUUACACCUUUCCACAAUACACAACUCUUAAAUCACGACGAAAAAACCAAUGGAUCUGGGUUCAAUAAGCAAGAGAGAUCCGACCCGGACCCUCCUGAUGAUCAAGAACUCUUUCUUCGGACCUCAAAAUCUUCAAGAACUGAUUACUUUGACCAACCCACCAAGACAAUGUCGAUGAGAUCUGAUUCUUUCCUUUCAGUUUCAGCUACUGAUGCCAACAAUAUGCUCAGCUUCUCUUCUUCUUCUUCGUCUUCUUCUUCCACCAUUAAAGAUGCAAACCAGAGCUCGCUAUUUUCUUUCUACCAGCCUUCACCUUCUUACAUUCGAAAUACAGGGUAUGGCUAUGGAGGAUUACAAACAGGUAUGCAAAUGCCGGUUUCAAGGUAUAAAGGGCCUUUUACACCUUCUCAAUGGAUGGAGCUCGAACACCAAGCUUUGAUCUACAAAUACUUCGUCGCUAAUGUCCCAGUUCCAUCGCAUUUGCUCACUCCACUUCGGAAAUCCCUCAACACUUUCCUUUUUCCGGCGACUUCGUCUUCAACCUCUUACGCCCCCAAUUCCUAUGGAUGGGGAGCUUUCCAUUUGGGAUUUUCCGGCAACACCGAUCCGGAACCAGGGAGGUGCCGGAGAACCGAUGGGAAGAAAUGGAGGUGCUCUAGAGAUGCUGUUCCCGAUCAGAAAUACUGUGAAAGACACAUCAACAGAGGCCGACAUCGUUCAAGAAAGCCUGUGGAAGGCCAAAAUGGCCAAGCUAAUGUCUCCGUUCCCGCUAAAGUGGGUCCCGUCGUCUCCUCCUCCUCAUCUGUACCAGUUUCCGGCAGCCGAACAUCCACCGUUAUUGCUACCCCCGCCGCUGCAAACCACCACAAUCCUUCCACCAACAGGACACAAGAAUCGCAACCAUUCACUGCUAUAAACUCGUCGGAGACUCUGAUGUUUCCGACGAACUAUAACUCUUUCAUGGAUCCGGUUGCACCGAGCCUGAAUCCGACCCCGAAUCCGAAUCCGAAUCCGAACCCACUUCCAAGUUUUGUUAACGAAUGGUCAAAAGAAAUCAAACAAGACUGGACCCAGCUCUCGAUGUCUAUUCCCAUGGCGUCUUCAGAUUUUUCAUCGUCUUCAAACUCACCAGCUCAAGAGAAACUUGUCGUUCCACCACUUGGUCUAUCUCACGAGUUUGAUCUUAACCCCACUCAUAAACAAGCAUCAAACUGGAUACCCAUUUCAUGGGGGAACACAAUGGGGGGUCCAUUAGGUGAAGUGUUGAAUCGAACUUCUAGCAGUGGGGUAAAUAGCAAGAAUGCGUCAUCAUCUUCAGAGAUGUGGGACGCCAUUAACAACAACAAUCUUGGAUCUUCUCCAACUGGGGUGUUGCAGAAAACCACAUUUGUGUCACUUUCGAAUAGCAGUUCAGGGAGUAGCCCUAAAGGGGACAAAAAGGACGAUUAUGGUGGUGGGCUUUGUGAUGAAUUGCUGCUUUCAAGUUUCAACACUUGCUAGUUGAUCUUGUAAGUUUGAGAAAAGGGAAAUGAAGAGAGUUUUCUUUUGUAAUUUGUUGGUUUUUUUUUUU